UGUUCCAUUAUACGUAAAUAUGUUGACGCCUCUGAAAGAAACCUACUAAAUUAAAUUUCUAAGGUAUUUAUAAUUUAUUAUUUAAAAAUAUCAACUCAAAAUAUCCAUAUUGACUGGCUUACAAAAUAGCUUAAAAUCAAAUUCACAAAUAAUUGUAUUUUCUCAGCAAUGCAUUCACACUAAUGUGAAAUGAAACUUAUCAGUUGUAGCCAUAUGCAAAAAUUGCAAGUCAGAAAUAACUUCUCGUCAAAAUCCACCAUUUUCCCUUUGUAACUAACCGGUGUUCAAAACACGUGCAUACGAUCAAGUUACAUGGAAAACUCGUACUGUCGCGUCUUGUAAUAACUAAAUAGCGUCAUAAAAAAGUGCCCCGUUUUAACGUUAACACAAUUUACGCUUAAAAACAGCAGAAUGAACAGCGAAAAAUUAAAGAAACUCCAGUCGCAAGUACGCAUCGGCGGUAAGGGCACACCGAGACGCAAGAAGAAGGUUGUUCACGUUACUGCGGCCACAGAUGACAAAAAACUGCAGUCAUCGCUCAAAAAGUUGUCAGUGAACACAAUUCCUGGCAUCGAAGAGGUAAAUAUGAUCAAAGAGGACGGUACUGUGAUACACUUUAACAACCCGAAGGCACAAGCGUCGCUGGCCGCGAACACGUUCGCGAUUACCGGACACGGGGAGAAUAAGCAGACCACAGAGAUGCUCCCGGGUAUCCUCAGCCAGCUCGGACCCGACGGCUUGAACCGACUGAAAAGGAUUGCGUCGAGUGUUGCCGCGCCUAAGCCACUCGAGGAAGACGACGAGGUACCUAACCUCGUCGGCAACUUUGACGAAGCCUCAAAACAAGAGGCCAAGGAGGUUGUAACUAACGAGAAGGAGAAGGAGAAAGAAAAGAAACCCGAAUCAGAAACCAAAGCUGACAAGAAAACUGAUUAAAUUAACCACAAGUAUAGUUUUAAUUUGCUCACCUACAUGUCAAGGGUUUCCGAAGCCAUCUGUGUCUCAAAAGAAUGAUUUUCACUUUUAUUUCAUUACGUUCCUGGGUGUAUGAACUUCAUCAUGUAUUGCAUUUGUUUGGAAAGAGUGAUGUGAUGUACGGGGACACUAAAUUUUUAAUUCUAAGUGAUGGCUCUGGAAACCGUGCAGCCCCAUUCAAAUGCAAUUGUUUUUGAUAGAUCAUCAACCUUUUCAGCAUUGUGGAAUAUUGAUUCUCAAAUAGGCAUUAGAUAAGUGUUAUAAACCUACUGUUGAGAAAUUAAUACAAAAUGUUUUAAAAUUGACAUUAAACAGUUAAGGGUAUGAAUGUAUUAAGAUAAAGGAGGCAUUUUUUGAAAAUGUAAAGUAUUUUCUAGAAAAAAUUGUUAGUCAUGUCCAAUUUUGCUUACAAGUUUUUUAUCAGUUGAAAAAACAUAGGUUUAUAAAAUUAGUCACAGGUAGCUCAAGAUGAUGAGCUAAAAUUAUUGUAAAAAAAUAUAUAAAAAAUAGCAAAAAAAUGUAAAUGAUUGAAGAUUUAAGGUUAUCUAAACAAUAAAACUUUGGUCGGA